GAGAGGAACUGCGACGAGGAGAGAAGGCUUGUUCUGAGGAGUCCUUCCUGCACCUGACAGAAGAAGAAACACACUGAGACGAUUGUGACUGGCUGAGAGGACUCACCAUGAAAUGGAAAACCAUCCUCUGCUGCUUUUUCCUCUGUUUCACCUGGGACGAGAACGUCGCAUCUCCCAGAAUAUUUAAGAGUAUUGCAGAGUUGAAGAAUGUUGCUGAUUCCUUUUGCUAUCCACGACAUGGAUGCAAACUCCUGUACUUUGCAGCCCAUAAAAUCUUCGAGAAAAAUCUCCACUUGUACAAGAAUGUCGACCCUCGCCGAGGUGAUUAUGGCUUUCAUUCCUUUAAAAAUCAUGAGAAGAUUCUCCCUGAUCCCAGCAGUGGUUAUUUCUCUAUGGGUAAUUUAAAUUCAAAAGGGAGUUCUCAGCUGGAUCCAUAUGUGAUGCAUGAUUUUUACCAGAUAACUGAUCCACGCAGAAAUAUGGACAGGCUCAUUGUCUCUCUCUCUAGAGACAGUGAACUAAGCCGCAUGUUUCUUACUGCACACCAUUUAAAGAAAAACACCUUUGAUCCUGAUCAGACCAUUGAGAUUGCUCCUAAACUGAUACAGGAGAUCCAGGAGAUUCAUGAUCUUCUACAAUAUCUAACAGAGCUUGGCUAUAAAUUUGGUGAUGGAGAAAUUGACUGUAUAAUCCGUAACUUUUCAGGCAGACCCAAGCGCACGGCUGUUAAUCUUGAAACCAAAUGUAAUUUAUACACAGAGGUAAAACUAGACAUAAAAUCGACAGAAAAAGGUUAUGCAAAAAUAACCUGGGAGGGAAUACCUGAUAAAAUCUUGAACACAAUUGCCUACAUAGGUCUUUAUAAAAACGCUGACUCGGAGAAUGCUCUUGUGAAGGUAAAUUCACCGGUUCCUAAAUCCGGAGCAUCGCCGACUACAAUUCCUCUGAAUCCCGGGCUUCAGCUUCGGCUCGUAAAGUACGAUACCGUUAAUGGCAUUAAUCGCCACACUCCCUUCUUAAAUGGCUCGGAGUUCGAUGAGGCCAACAGAGUUCUACCCACUGAAAUAAAGGGCUACAGUGCUAGUCUGCAACUUUAUACCAAAGAUGGUUACGCUUGUGCUCGGCUCUACAUUGAAAAGUCUUUCACGGGUUGGAAAAAAGAGUUUGGCGCCUCAUGGGUGGGAUUCUACACCAGUAACCAAGAUAACUUUGACAAGCACAAGCAACGUGAGUUGUGUACAAAAUUCACCCUGAUUUUAAACAAAGAAGAAGAUUAUGCCAUAGAUUAUGAUAUUUAUGAGUACCAGUCAAAACUGUCCAUUGGUCCUGGAGUACAGGCUCGAUUCAUGCUAAAUGAUGACAAAGGUAGCGAGAAAGCUCGCACUGUGUCUUGGGAAGCACCCUAAACUGAAAAAGUUACUCAUGUUAAAUCACAUUAGUACAACUAUGCUGAAAAAGGUCUCAAUCAGAAUCUGACAUUAAGAAUUACGAAUUAGGAAUUGCAUUGUAUGACAACAUACAUGUUGUUGUUGUUGUUGUUGUUGUUGUUGUUGUUGUUGUUGUU